UAUCGUUAUCUCGACUCUUCCAACCAGUGGCUUGUGAGGCCUGUCCUAGAAACUCAUGGCUGGGAUCAUGAUGUUGGUUAUGAAGGAAUAAAUGUGGAGAGAAUGUUUGCGGUUAAAAACAAAAUACCUCUAUCUUUUACUGGCCAGGUUUCUAAGGAUAAGAAGGAUGCCCAUCUCCAAAUGGAAGUGGCGAGCUCAAUAAAGCAUGGUGAAGGCAAAGCAACUUCAUUAGGAUUUGAUAUGCAGACUGUUGGGAAAGACAUCUCUUAUACUCUGCGGAGCGAGACGAGGUUUAGUAAUUUUAGGAAGAACAAGGCAACUGCCGGUAUCAGUGUUACAGUCCUGGGAGAUUCAUUAUCAGCUGGAGUUAAAGUGGAAGACAAGUUGAUCGCCAAUAAACGGUUUCAGGUGGUUAUGACUGGUGGCGCAAUGACCGGCCGCGGUGAUGUUGCUUAUGGCGGCAGCCUUGAGGCACAGUUGAGAGAUAAAGAUUAUCCGCUGGGUCGCUCACUAUCAACUCUUGGGUUUUCUGUCAUGGAUUGGCAUGGUGAUCUUGCUAUAGGAUGCAAUAUACAGUCUCAGAUUCCAGUUGGACGCCACACAAACUUAGUUGCUCGUGCAAAUUUGAACAACAGAGGAGCUGGACAAGUUAGCAUUCGCUUAAACAGUUCAGAACAGCUUCAACUAGCUUUGACUGCACUCGUUCCAAUACUCAGAUGGUUACUUGCUUACCCCCAGCAAUUGCAGUUUGGGCAAUGAUCGUGGCGGUUAUAGGUCUAUUGAUUUCAUCUCUUGUCAACCCAGAAGCGUUUUCCAUUAGUUUCUUAUAGUGAUUUUAGCUUCCUUAAUUAGAUAGUCGGAUUUGGUGAUUUUUCCUGUAAGCUUCUGGACCAAGUUUUGCUCUUUUCUGUUCAAUCAGACCUUUAUCUAAAUUCUGUGUGAAAAUUAUUUCA